AAUGAAAGUUGACUGUAGAAUAACGGAAAAAGUUUAAUUUAAAAUUAACAACAUCUAAGCUAUGAGUCCCCUCUUCAACUAUAUAAUAAGGUUGAAGAAGUACCACUGAGUAUUAACCAAGAUGGUUGAUUGUAGAAUAAGAGACCAGUACAGCUAGGAUGGUCAAGGUACUGCUUCUGUACACUACGGUGUACUGCACCCUCAUUCAACCGCUAUGGAGCAGUCUCACUGUCAGUACAUGCAAAGAGGGUGUGCGAGGGUUGUGUAUACCAAAAGACUAUCAGAAAUAUGAUCUCCCUUCACCUUACCAGACUACAUUCGUUACCAUAGGAGUUAAUCUUAAAGAUAUACCCAAGAUUUCUGAUCUGGACUUCUCUAUAACCAUCGACACAUACUUCAACGUGAGAUGGACAGACGAACGUCUUCUCACACAGAUAAAUGAAUCCCAACCUAUUGUCAGAACUAUGUAUGAGUAUGAAGACGAGGAGGGGGCUGAUGGUGGACUAACUGCGGUCAACCUCAAUGUUCUUCCCCACCUGUGGAUCCCGGAUAUAGAAAUAUUGGAUCUCAUGUCUUUUGAAACCCACAAGGUUCUCUCCAGAUUAGAAGGUGUAUGGAUAGAUAGAUCUGGAGGUAUACUGUAUGGCAUGGCAAGUAAAAUAACGUUCAUCUGUCAGAUGAACUUCAAUGCCUUCCCAGUUGAUAUUCAGGUUUGUCACUUUCGUGUUGGAAGCUUCAACUAUCCUACACAGAAGAUAACAUUCUUAAACGAGGGUAUUCCAGAAGCUGAUGAUAUCAAAUCAGUGCUGGAUUACGGAGUAGAUUUUAACCCUCUUCCUAGAUCAAAAUCUAGCUAUAUGGCUCUAGGUAUGAACUACAGUGCUACAGGGUUCGAGGUAGUGCUGACCAGAAAGAUGAGUUUCUACAUUAUUACCUACUAUCUUCCUUCAGGACUAUUUGUAGUAGUUAGCUGGAUCAGUUUCCUGGUGAACCCUGAAGUAGUCCCUGGAAGAAUGACUAUGCUAGUCACCCUGUUCUUAGUUUUGAUAAAUAUCCACAACACAAUACAAACUAAUUCCCCAAAGGCUGAAGGGUUUACUGCGAUAAAGACCUGGAUAAUCGCUUGUAUAGCAUUUGUGUUCGGAGCUUUGUUAGAGUACUCCGUUAUACUUCUUCUUCUUAAACUGGAGAAAAUCAGAAGCUCCUACGGGAGUCUAAAAGGACUAUUCAAUUACCCUUAUGUAAGGUCAAACCAAGAUUCCUUAAAGGGAGUGUAUGAAAUAAUAAAUCAUAAUAGCUAUUCCAUAUUGCUGGUCACUCCCUUUAAAGCCUGACAAUUUUGAAUAGCUGCCAUAAAUCAAAAUUGUGUACUUCCCAGUCCCACUGUCAAAUAUUUGUAUUAAAAAAUAAUAAAAUAUUUUAGUUUUCUAUAGAAAUUGUGGAAUUGCCCAGAAUAUUACAUUUAUUUAAAAACUCUGUCUGAUACAUAUUUCAAACAAGACUUGAAAUCAUUCUCUUGAGACUUAAAAUUAUUAAUUCUCCCUCCUACCCCCCCCCCCUCUCUUUAUCCCCAUUAAGGUCAGGUUAAAUGG